GUUCCUACUUCAAUUCACAGUAGUGUGCUUUUACAAUUGCAGCACUACGAAUGAUUUGUAUCGAAAUGCACUGUUGGCUUCGUUGUAAUGUGAUAGUUCUUGUGGUUGGAUUUAAUUAGAUCUCUUUAUUUAGCGAUGGCUGAGAAGUGUGGAUCAGAGAAAGCAUCAAGCUCUUCACCGAACCUGAUAUGUCCAUUAUGUCUUGAUAUAUUUGUCGAGGCGACAAUCUUAACUUCAUGUGGACAUACAUUUUGUAGGCGAUGCCUCAAGAAAUACGAUCUAACCCACCAGGACCUUGAUCACAUGGUCUGUCCUCUCUGCAGGGAGAUCACCAAGUUAUCCGCCAACCGUGUCGAUGAUCUCCGCCUCAAUGUCUCCAUCAACGGAUGCGUAGACGAUUACCACACCAAGUGUGGAGGGAUGAAUGCUGUCCUUGAGAAGUGCCAGAAAUGCACCGCUUGCAAGUCUCUGAAAGACGCUGUAUCAUUCUGCAGAACAUGUAAUUAUUACAUGUGUAAUGAGUGCUUACAUUGUCAUCAACAUCUUACAGUUGUCUUCGAAGGUCAUGAGAUUUUAUCCAUGGAUGAUGUCAUCGAAGGGAAGGUCAGCAUUGGUCAUUUAUUCGAGAAGUGUUCUAUCCACAAGCAAGAGAACAAAGAUAUGUUUUGUGAGGAUUGUAAGGUCCACGUCUGCCAAAAGUGCGUACUCGUUGAUCAUCAAAAUCACAAAAUCAAGAACCAGGUUAACUUUGAGCAGGAGUUGCGACAGAAGGUGACAGACCUUGCUCAACGAUGUGCUGACAAGAAAGCAGAGCUGGAAAAGAACAUUCAGAACAUAGAAAUACAACGUCAUGAGGUACACACUGCAGUGCAGACACUACUAGAUGAUGUCAAGCAAGCCUACAGUAUCAAGGCCAAGGAGCUGGAAGAAAAUCUUCGAAAUCUCACCGAGCAGAUACAUGCCUUACAGCAUAGUUUUGAUGACGACCUCGACGUCUUGAAGUCAAAAGAUCGACAGAGGAUCAAGAGUAUUUGUAGUUCAAUUACUUUGGUAGAUAAUGACAGAUUGGGUCAUCUUGAGACAGACACUCUAUCUGCUCAUAUCUUGCUCUGUGAGGAGCUGGAUACCAUGCUGAAGGAGGUUACUGAUCACACUUCUGCGGAAGCUAUUAGGAAGAAAGCACAGGAGAAGAGGUUCAAACCAGCAGAUGAUACUCGUCUUGACCUCGGGAGCAUCUCAGGAUCAGAUCCCAAGAUGAAAGUCAUUACGUGUGUUGAUCUACGGGGAGUGAUGCUCGGUAUGACAAGGUACUCCAAUAGCACUGUCGCUAUCGGGUAUGGGGGAUAUGCACAAGGUAUUGAUAUCAUUGAUUCAAAUGGAGGAAAGCAGCGGUAUAGAAACACACCCUUAAGUGACAUGAAUUGUUAUGAUCUGGUUUUGCAACGGGACGGGGCGUUAUGCGUGUCGACUGGUUCUAGAGAAGCCUACAUCUACUCUUCCCUUGGUUCCAGGAAAGCAACAAUCCACGUGAGAAACAAUGAAUAUUUUCUCAGAGUUAGCAGGAGUCCAUCAGAUGAAAUCAUCAUUACUAACUAUGGAAAACAAGUCUAUAUCUAUGACCCGACAGGAUCCACUCUUAAACACACUGUUCAAACAAAGCACGAUACGAGGCAGGCAUCUACCACCAGGACGGGUUUGAUCGUCACGAGUUCAUGCUAUACCAAUCCAAGCGUGGUGACGGUCUAUGACAGGGAUGGGAAUGCUGGUGAGUCUCUACAAGCUCCAGAGUGUGUCUACAUGUAUGCUGCCGUGGAUGAGCAGGACAGGGUGUAUGUAGCGAGUGUUGAUGAGAAGAAUAGUAGCGUCGUGAUCAGGCUCUAUGAUCUUGAUGGUCUGAACCUGAAGGAAAGAGUUGAGUUCAAUGCACUUGAUAUGACAUUGAAAGAUUAUUGGUGUUACUUAGUUUCCCUCUCCCCAGACAUGCUCGCCUUUGCUUAUGGCAAAAAUUUAUAUUUCAUCAAGGUAUCACUGUAAUCCACGUUAUAUCACACCAUGUAGUAUGGGGACUGACGUGCUUUCAUCCUGCUACAAUACAAAUUUACUUUAACACGUGUCGAUAUUCAGUAUUACAUGUAUAUUACUUACCACGUGAUAUCUUCAUCCAAUGAUAGAAUCACUUAAUGUGAUAUACUACUGAUAAUAAUAAUAAUAAUAAUAAUAAUAAUAAUUAAAGAUUUUUAUAGCGCACAUAAUUGUCGAUGACACUCAAGGCGCACAAUUAACUUAUCUAAAACAGAAAUGAAAUAAAUAAAUACAAAAAAAUGAACAAACUGACAAGAAAUUACAAUGGUUUAGUAUAAAUUAGUGAACAGGUGGAGAUGUGAAUAUAUAAUUUAUAUUCAUUUUCUAAUAUAUGCGUAUUUAAAUACAAACUUUAUCUCAAUUAUUAUAUACAUAAUAUUGCAUAUAGGAAUGUAUUGUAUACGGUGUAAAGUAUAAUUAAAUAUCGUCCAUUAUCGUUAUAUUAAUGUGUAGAGUCUUUAUAAGAAUUAUUUAGAGAAAAUUCAUAAAGAUAGAUUCCACUUUCUUUAAUUCUAGAUUAACUUAAACGUUCAAUUGCUAUUCGACUCAUAUACUCAAGUGUUCAGUGCCAGAUUUUCUCUGUUUACAUUCAAGUAUGUAUAUAUGUAACCACGAUCGCUUACGAUCCCCCAAAUUGACACAAUUUAUUUGCUUUUUCAAGAACAUUCCAGCAAUCUCUAUCCCCAAAAGUUCGGUUUCUUUUUCAUUGCAAGUUUAAGAUCAUGAAAGCAGCCUAAAGAAAAAAAAGAAACGUGCAAAAAAGCAACCCAAACUUCUAUGCAAUAAUUCGAAAGACCUGGUUAUCACCUUUAACGUAGAGGGGCAACUCCAGGUCGAUUUGUGGUAAUUUUCUUUU